AUGGAGCCCAGAGGACCAAGCAAGAAAGAGUGUCUUAUAAUCACACACGACAACGCAUUCCACAUGGACGAUGUGAUUGCGUGUUUUAUGCUCAGAAAGAUAUACCCCAACAGCACUAUCGUUAGAACAAGGGACAGCGAGAUAAUAAAAACAGGCGACAUCGUUGUGGAUGUAGGAGGUGUGUUUGAUGAAGAGAAUAGGCGGUACGACCACCACCAGAAAGGAUUCCACGAGACAUACAGCAAGAGCUACAAUGUGAAGCUAAGCAGCGCAGGACUGGUGUAUAAAUAUCACGGGAAAGAGUUUAUUAAGGCGAUUGGCAUUGAGUUUGACGACUCUUUGGCCAGUGAGCUAUUCAUUUCUACGCUGUACAACACGUACUUUGUGUCAGUGGAUGCCAACGAUAACGGGAUAGACAUCUCGGACAGUGUAAAAUACAACCAAAGAGUGCUCGACGAUAUGGUAAAGUCUUUUGUGCCGUACAACCUAAGCCCAGUGUACUCAUUCGAAGAGGCAGAGAGCAUCCGGUACGAAGCGUUUCUUGAGGCAAUGGAGUACAUGGGCUCUGAUCUGAUCAGACACUGCAACAAGCUGGCCUAUGAUGUAUCCCAUAACGGAAAGAGACUGAAUGAAGAGUACCUUGCUCUGGGAGAGAAGAAUGACUACUAUCUAGUCCUUACACAGGGAGGUGUGUUCUCUAAGGACAUCAUAUACUACUACAACAAUCUGUACAAGAAAAAAAUACACAUGAUUAUAUCCCCAAGAAAAACAAUGAAAGGAAACACAUACUCCAUACAGUCAAUUCCCGACCAGCACCAGAGCAAGUACAAGCCUCUUAUUCCGCUGUGCGAGGAGUGGAGAGGGCUGAGAAACGAAGAGCUGCGCAGGGUAUCAGGUCUGGCAGACAUAGAAUUUGUCCAUGCCACUGGCUUCUGUGGAUCAGCAGAAACCCUGGAGACUGCGAUCACCAUGGCCGAAGAGUCCAUCAAAGAAUACUUGGAGAACAAGGAGUAA